AUGAAAAGUGUUGCGCGUGUGCUGCGCCGCGCAGCAGUGAUUGAUUAUGGUACUAAAGUCAAUGAGGGUGGUGAUGCAGUCAAUGAUGGUGGUGAUGUAGUUAAUGAUGAUGGUGAUACAAUCAAUCAUGGUCGUGAUGAAGUCAAUGAUUAUGGUGAAGGAGCUCAUAAUGAUGGAAAAGACCAUGAUGAGGUGGAACUCACACCUAUGGAUUUUUAUGUAUUAGGAAAUGGAGAACCUAGUCAACCAGGAAAUGGACAAGACAAUGUGGUUGUUAAUGAGGUGCAUGUGCAAUAG